AGAACUUUGGCUCCCUGACUCAAUUAUUGAAGCCUCUUCAAACAUUUCUUCAAGUCUCUUAAUUAGUCUAUAGAGAGAGGUGAGUAGAUUCAAGUCCUAAUCACCGUGUUAGUCUGUUAUUCUUCUACCGAAAGGCGUAUGUGGCUGCCUUUAGGAUAAACAAUCUUCUUUCCAAGUGCGGGGACUUGAGACGACAACAUCCCAGCUUCACGUCAGGUCUAUUCUUAGAGACAGCACUCAAACCGUUUCUAUAAUCAGUCACCACCGAGAGGAUGUCUUCAAUUACGAUUGCCACUCUCCCCCGCAUGAGUCGCGAUGCGCUCUCAGCUCUCCUCCUCUCACCCAGCACACCCAGCAAAUUCGCCAUCAUCGACGUUCGAGACUCCGACCACGUCGGCGGACACAUCCACACCUCUACCUGGGUGCCCAGCUCGACGCUCGACUUCCGCAUGCCGGAGCUCGUCCGCACGUUACAGCAUAAGGAGACGGUUGUCUUCCACUGCGCGCUCAGCCAGCAGCGCGGGCCCUCUGCUGCGCUGCGGUAUGCCCGGGAACGCGAACGCGUGCUUGGCCCAGAAGAGAGCCAGAAACAGGAGGUCUACGUGCUCGACGGCGGGUUUGUCCGGUGGCAGGAGAAGUAUGGGAAAGAUACUCGCUUGACAGAGGCGUAUGUGGAGGAUAUCUGGAGGGAAUACUAGAUCUCGACCUUAUGAAUAUGCAAGAAUACAAGAAUACAAGGAUUCAAGAGCUGUCUCUUUGUUGCUGGCGACGAUAGGCAAGUGUCUGGAG